ACUUAUUAGAGUUACCGGCAAUGGCUUCACGUAGCAUAUUCCUGCAGCUUCAUGUCUUUCUGAUAUUGGCCCUUGCAACAACAACUUUUUCAAAAACACUGUCUCCUUAUUACUAUGAGAAAGUUUGCCCCAAAGCUUUGCCAACUAUCAAACGAAUAGUCGAAGCUGCUGUUUACGAAGAACGCCGCAUGGGUGCUUCUUUACUACGUCUACACUUCCAUGAUUGUUUCGUUCAAGGCUGUGAUGCUUCCAUUCUUCUGGAUCCUACACCCACCAUCGAUAGUGAAAAGAAUGCGUUUCCCAAUAUAAAUUCCAUCAGAGGGUUUGAAGUCAUCGACAAGAUUAAAAACAAGGUUGACAAAAUUUGUGGACGCCCUCUGGUUUCUUGUGCAGAUAUCUUGGCUAUUGCAGCUCGUGAUUCUGUCGUUGCGCUUGGAGGGCCAACAUGGAAGGUGCCAUUAGGAAGGAGAGACUCAACCACAGCAAGCAGGGAGUUAGCCAACAGAGACAUUCCAUCGCCAUUCAUGGACCUCCCUGCACUAAUUGACAACUUCAAAAGGCAAGGCCUCGACAAGAGAGACUUAGUGGCGCUCUCUGGUGGUCACACCCUUGGUUUCUCACAAUGUCGUUUCUUCAGAGACAGAAUUUAUAACGGAACGAACAUUAACUCUCGCUUUGCAAAAGAGCUACGAAAUACCUGCCCACCUGAAGGAGGUGACAGCAACCUUGCUCCUCUAGACCCAACUCCUGUAUGCUUCGACACUGCAUAUUUCUCUUAUUUGAUAAAGGAGAAGGGGCUUCUAGUAUCUGAUCAAGCACUUUUCAGUGGCGGCUCAACUGAUGGGCUCGUUAAGACUUAUAGCUAUAACCCCAGGGUCUUCUCAGCUGAUUUUGCAAACUCUAUGAUUAAGAUGGGAAACAUACAAGUGUUGACUGGGAAGCAAGGUCAAAUUCGUAAGAACUGCAGGAAGCUCUUUCAUACCACAGAAACUGGCCUUUGAAGAGAAAAACUGUGGGCUGUUUCACUGAG